AUAUCAGGUAGAGAGCUCUGUUGUGCCUCUACCAUCAGCUAGUCAAGGCAUGCCAGCAUGUGCUUAACUCCAGCAUCACCAAUUUGAGCCUCCUUUCCUUCCACGACUUCUACUACACUUCCCCAUCAGUGAGAAUUGGCACCAUGAUGUCAUGGUAUAACAAGGUGUAUCCUGUUCUGUUGUGGAGCCUGUUUCUGUUGUAUUCUGAGGGAUCUCAGAACUUCACACUCACAGAAGACAGAGGCAGUAAUAUGAGCAUCAAUACAGCAGCAACACAAAAGAGCAGUUCGUCUAUGGUGGAAACCCAUACGGUGAUGUACAACAGCAGUACCCGUGAGGUAGGCGGUGCCAUUACUGUGGGUGUUAACGCCUCAGAGGCAACCAUGAUGACCAGCUUGGGUCCAACCCUUUCUCCCUUAGCAAUGCUCACUUCAUCAGGUACAACCCCAUCUCCCCUCACCACCAACCAACCCACCAGCCAGACGUACUCUUCCCAUGGGCCAUCUAGCACAUCUGACCUCUUGUCCACCACCACUCCCAGCUCUACCAUCUGGUCCUCCAUCACAGCACUUAACACCACAUCUGAGGUGUCCUCCACCACUGGGCCCUCCUCCAUCUCUGGACCUUUCUCCACCAAUGUCUCAGCCUCCACCCCAGGGCCUAGCUCUACCAUUGUCUCAUCCUCCACCCCAGGGCCUAGCUCUACCAUUGUCUCAUCCUCCACCCCAGGGCCUAGCUCUACCAUUGUCUCAUCCUCCACCCCAGGGCCUAGCUCUACCAUUGUCUCAUCCUCCACCCCAGGGCCUAGCUCUACCAUUGUCUCAUCCUCCACCCCAGGGCCUAGCUCUACCAUUGUUUCAUCCUCCACCCCAGGGCCUAGCUCUACCAUUGUCUCAUCCUCCACCCCAGGGCUUAGCUCUACCAAUUUCUCAUCCUCCACCAAUGAGACUUUCUUAACCACUUUUUCACCCAUCUCAACCACUGACAAUUCUACCAACUCCUCUUCUGGGGUCCUGAUUCCCAAGAUGAAAACAGAGAAGGUCCCCAUCUUGAUCACCAAGACAACGACCACCAUGACAACGUUACCUUCUAAAAAAGAUCCAUCAGGGGGAGGGGUUCUGCCCUGCUCUCCUACCCGACGGGAUGGUCUGGUGAGCCAGUGUCUGAUUGCCAUUGCCUCCCUGGCUGCAGUGGCCACCUUCUUCAUGGUCAGCUGCAUCAUCCUCUGCACCAAGUACUCCUCCAGGAAGCAUCGCUACAGAGUGGGCACAAACAAUCGGGGCACUGAGAUGGUGUGUAUCUCUGCCCUGCUCCACGAUGACAAUGGUCCCCAUUGGGGGCCCCACAUCCCCAAGAGCAACGGAGCCCUGCUGCCUGGAACAGAGUUGGAUAGUGACGAGGAGGGGGGAGAUAAUGUAACCCUCCACAGCUUCCUCCCAGACAAUGAGCAACAAGUCUAGAGUGUAGAUAUUCAGACUGUGUCAGACUCUGUGAAGUGCUAUAUGGUCCAAUUACACAGGGUACACAACUCCAGGCCUGAAGUUAAUGGUCAUCGCAGCCAUCUUAAAGUUCAUCUAGGGAAAGGAUUAAAAACAGAGACUGUGGGGGCAUAUAAAACCUUUGUAGUUUUCCUACUUACUCUGGGUUAAAUGACCACUUUUCUUCAAUUGAUGAGACUUUGAAUUGUACAUCUGACUGGUCGACUGCUGUCAAUAUACAAACUGUUGCUCUUAGAAUAUAUUUUAGCGUCCUCUUUGAAGUUGUUGGUUGGGCCUCGCUGCACAUCCAUCUACUGCAACCAGUAGAGGAAGAGACAGAAACCACAAAUGGAGAACCAAUGAUACGUUACUUUAUUGUGACAUGUUUACAGCAAAUAGUGACAAAGUUUGGAGAAGUCAGGUGGUCAAUCAUCCUCAAACGUAACGCAACCCAAUGCAGCCUCUGAGUAGUUCUGAGUGAGAUUGAGUUUUUGCACCAUUGCACUGACAUGAUUCUGUUGAUAAUGAAGUUCACCUAAUAGGAUGAGAACAGUGAUGUAAACAAAAGGUUUGCUACACAGACAGUUUAUUAGAGAGAUUUAGGAUUCUACAAUUGAUUUAGUAAAGUUCAUGUUAUUUUUGAAGAGAAUCGUUCCUGCACAUACACACUUAUAGAGCUAUAAGAAGACCUAGACUGCUUAUGAUGCUUGUAAGUCGCUCUGGAUAAGAGCGUCUGCUAAAUGACUUAAAUGUAAUGUAAAUGUUAUGAUGACUCACUGUUCAUUUGGUCACUGGGUGGAUGGGGCUAUUUAGAGUUGUAUGUGGUCAGAAUUUUAUAGCUUUCAACGUAAUGAGUGGAAAUACAUGAUACAAAAAACAGAAAACAUCAUUAUUUUAUUUUAUACAUGCUUCAGAAAAUAUGUAUCCUUGUGAGCAAUUUCAUUUAUUUGUUUUCUGCAAAAAAGCUUGUUCUUCUGGAAGUCUUGUUAGGUCUUGAUAACAAAACCAUCUGCCUUGAUGUACAGUGAGCCAAAACAUAGACUGUAUGAAGUAUAUCAAAUAUGUUCGGGGUCAAGCGAAUGUGAGAUGUGAUGAAAUGUCUUUUACAGGGUAAGUCAAAUAAGUCUGUAACCUUCUGUAUUGAGUGUCUGUGUAGACAGUCCCAGACGUUCGGCAGAUGUUUCUUGUGUCCUUGUCUUGCCAUAAUAUGUCAUAAUACAAAGAUACAGUAUCAUUGCUAAACCCAGACCCCCUUCAAACCUUUCAAGCCCUCAGAUGUUUGACUUCUGUUUUACUUUUUGGGGUCUUCUCUCCGUGUGAGAGAGGGACAGGUUUCCUAGAGACACCACAUGUCUGUUUAUCUCUGAGUCCAGUCAAACACAAUGAAGAGGCUCCACAAUUUAACUGAAAAUUGAUCACAAAGGACUGGAACAAAUGAAUAGAUCAUAACGAAACUGUAAAGAAAUGACAAAGUGAUAUUAAACAACGGGCAGCUGGCUAA